UUUUUUAAAACAUGGUCUUUCUACAACCCAUGCUUUUAGAGCCAUUGCUUACGAUGCUUUUGUUCGUUCGCAACAAUUACUGCUAGCAAAGGUGAAGUCGUCAGAAAGCUGAAUGUCUAUUGGAGAGCCAUUAGGCAUCAUGCAUUUGGCAGACUGCCAGUGUUUGUGAUGGAGUGCAGCUGAGUUGUUUGAACAGCAACUCUUAGACACAUUAAAGCAGCUGGCUCUAUUUACUGCCCCAGUGCAGUAGCAUAAAGCUGCCAUGCAGUGCACCUUGUGCUGUGCAAGCCUGAGCAUUGUGUAGUGCUCUCCAGUGGCCACUUCAUGUGCCACCUAAUGUCUCUCAGGACUCAGAAAUCAAAGCCUGUAAAAGGCCAGUCAUUCUGGCUGCGGCUACCAGAGCAGACACUCGAGCAGAUCUUCUCCUAUCUGAGUCUGCAGGAUCUGCGCAACUGUGCACUCGUCUGCAAGCUCUGGUACCACUUCCUCAAUGACGAGAACAACGAGGUGUGGCGGCUGCCAUGCGAGCGGCAGCUGGCAGAGGAGGCACUCCGCUCCGACCUGCUCUGCUCUGUGCCCACCUACAAGGCCAAGCUGCGCGCCUUCUGCCACGCCUGGAACCCGGCCGACAGCUCGCGCAACAUCUACAUCAAGCCGAACGGCUUCACGCUGCACCGCAACCCGGUGGCGCAGAGCACGGACGCGUCGCGGGGCAAGCGCGGCUUCUGCCACGGCCGGCACGCCUGGGAGGUGGUGUGGGAGGGGCCGCUGGGCACGGUGGCCGUGGUCGGCGUGGCCACCAGCGAGGCGAGCCUGCAGUGCCACGGCUACCUGCCACUGCUCGGCUCGGACGCCCACAGCUGGGGCUGGAACCUGGUGGACAAUCACCUGCUGCACAACGGAGACGCCCUCGGCACCUACCCGCGGCUCAACAACGCGCCAAAGUACCAGGUCGGGGAAAGGAUCCGGGUCAUCCUAGACUGCGAUGAUAACACGCUGUCGUUCGAACGCAGCUACGAGUUCCUGGGUGUGGCGUUUAGAGGUCUGCCGGACCGGCGCCUCUACCCGUCCGUCUCAGCCGUGUACGGCAACACUGAGGUGUCCAUGGUGUACCUGGGCCCGCCGGUGGACGGCUGAGGCCGGCGGCGCCGCGCCUCCCCCACCCCUCUGCGGACCUCAGCCGGCCGCCGGCGCCGGCCCUCCUCUGUGAUAUGCCCCGCGCGCGCCCCCGGACACCGUCAGCAGCGAGCCGCCUGACUCGGCGCUCCGCCGACCGGUCCCUUUACUGCCGGUCGGCCGCGGACGGUGACCGCGUCCGGCACGCUCGUGCGGCGGACUCUUUCAGCCAGCGGCCCGCGCUCGGAGUCGCUCUCGGAAUCCGAGAUUCAGGCAAGUCUUGUCAGCUCCGGUAGGUGACACAGGCCGUGCAUAUUGUGCGCGCGUGUGAGUGUGGGAUGGGAGGGGUUUUAACGUUCAUAUCUCGCUUUAACGGUUUAUUGGCCGUAUGACUUUGCUGUCCAGUGUUCCGCUGCCGCUCUGCGACUGAGAGGACCUCUAUUGCGUUCGGUAUGAUCCGGAGUGUGUGGCCAGGUGACUGAGUAUAUGACGACUGCCCGUCCGGCAAUGUUCAUAGCCUGUGCAAUCAUUCAUACUGAUGUGGACGGGCGGGGUUUUUGACUCAGUAAAGAUGCUCCGCCCGCUCGUUUUCUCCAUUUUACCAUUCGUCGUAUUUCGUUCAUUUGUUCGCUGAGGGUCCCGGUGGCAGAGCAAAACGAGGGUGUUCUGAGGAUGGUCCUGGGAAGAGAAUAGGGAAGAGUGAGACGUCUGCCUGAGCUGGUCCUGAAAGAAAAGUAUGUGACUUUACGAGGGUGUGGUGUGGUUGAGUCUUUGAUAGGCUUGCUUAUGGAGCUGCGAGGUGUCUAGUGCGGCAUGUCUGAGGGGCUGAUGGUUUAGUACGUCAGAAAGUGAGCAUGAAUUAGCGUGGACGACUGUGUUUGCGUGAGCGUGAGGUCGACUCCCUAGACCUUCCAGUAUCGGUACAGAGCAGCAGCAGGACACGAGUUCCUGCGAUCGGUGGAGCCAGGAAAAACAGCUUUUUGAAGCAUGUAGGAAUCUUGUUCAACUCCAGUCAUAGUGGCCAGCUUGGUAACUUUUUGAACGAAUUACAAUGCAGGUGAACAAACGGCCCGGCGUGUCGGACGUGAGUCGAGUUUUACAUAUUUCACUCGCUGCGUACGGUCGGUGUGUGUAGGUUGUGCGCGUACCUCACUGUGUGUAUAUCUGUGCAGUGUGCUGUGUGAUCCCGUGACCACGCUGUACGACUAGGGCACGUGUCUGUAGCGUGGCGGGUGGCGCGGGGUCAGUUUCGGGACACCGGCCGGCCGGUGAAGGAUCUCAGGCGUGUGUGAGAGGUGCGCCACCCAGGGUGAGACAGCUGCCCACUGCCAAAGGGACGCGCCCUCCGAUCUCGAUAUAGCGCCGCACCGGGACGUGGUGCGGUGCCGUGACUGUGUGUGAGGACGAGCAAUGUGUUUUUCCAUCAAUAGAUCCAUUCGAUGACUCAAAUAAUAA